AGGGGGCGCUAUGACACGAUUUGUUGACGUCACCGACGAGGAAGUACUUUACUUCCUGGCAAUCAAAAUGGAAACAGUUGUACUAAAGUAGCUUUAUUAUAUCACAUUAAUCAACCUAAGUUUCCCGCAUACUGUACUUCUGAGCCGUUUUUGAGUAUCAUUUAACACUGGACUGCUAAUGUUAAAGCUAACGUUAUCGAAGAAGUGCGUAUUUUUUGGGGAGAAUUGUGAACGAUAGUGACAAAAACAAGACAUAUCCUCUCAGCUAACGUGAACUAUCACGUUAAACUUCUCUUACCUGACAUUAUUCUGCGAUAAACACGCUCGUAGUUUAUAUUCUCCGUUUAAACUUCGGACCAGACAUCAGCAGCAUGCAUCGGAGAGGCGUUGGUGCGGGAGCGAUAGCCAAAAAGAAGCUGGCAGAGGCCAAAUAUAAGGAAAGAGGAACCGUGCUUGCAGAGGACCAAAUUGUCCAAAUGUCGAAGCAGUUGGAGACCUUCAAGUCCAACCUGGAGGAGUUUGCCAGCAAGCAUAAACAAGAAAUCCGAAAGAACUCCGAGUUUAGGGUUCAGUUUCAGGAGAUGUGUGCCACCAUUGGAGUUGACCCACUUGCUUCUGGCAAAGGUUUUUGGUCUGAGAUGCUCGGUGUAGGUGACUUCUAUUAUGAGCUCGGUGUUCAGAUUGUUGAAGUGUGCCUGGCCCUGAAACACAGAAAUGGAGGGCUUAUUACUUUGGAUGAACUCCAUCAGAGAGUACUGAAGGGAAGAGGUAAAUUUGCUCAGGAUGUGAGCCAAGAUGACUUGAUGAGAGCCAUAAAGAAACUGAAGGUGAUGGGGAACGGCUUUGGGAUGAUUCCUGUUGGUGGUUCUUACUUGGUCCAGUCGGUCCCAGCAGAGCUCAACAUGGACCACACUGUAGUCCUGCAGCUGGCCGAGAAAAAGGGCUACGUCUCGGUGAGUGAGAUCAAGGACAGUCUGAAAUGGGAGAAGGAACGGGCUUGUCACAUCCUGGAUCACCUGCUGAAAGAAGGCUUGGCUUGGUUGGACUCUCAAGCGCCUGGAGAAGCGCAGUACUGGCUGCCUGCUCUCUUCUCUGAGAGCACCUCCCGUGAUGUCACACCAGAGGAGGCCAAUCAGAUGACACCUUAAGAAAUGAAAGACCGCCAGCUGGUGACUGAUUCAAAGACUUGUUGGUAAACAAAAUGUGGCUGGUGGGAAGGCUCAUGUGACGGAGUUGGCUGGGUGAACUCCAUCUGAGAUUAUUAUCCGGACACGAGGAGAGAAAACUUUCCUCAACGGCUUCUCAGUAACAUCUGCAAUGAGUGAACUCACAUGACUAUGAGACACAACGCUGCGUAUAAACUUCAGUUUUGUGUUGCUGGUGUUAACGGUUUAUGGGUGGUUACGGAUCGAUGUACAGAGAACAUGUAAAUGUUUAUGUAUAAAGAAUAACUUUUAAAACAAAAUUAGCUGAAUUCUACCACCUCUUUUUUAUUUCACACGAACAUUUAAAUGCAUUUUAAUCAUUUAAAUUGAUCAUUCACAUACAUUCACCUGUUACAUUGCUCAACCUCAUAUCAACAAUUCAUUCUGUCAUACAUUUUAAAAUCAACAGAAGUUACAUACUUGAAUCAGCUCGAUCGGGUUAUAUCAGAACAUCAAUUUCCUCUGAGAGAUGAAAAGUACAAAGCUAUACUGUAAAUGAAGAAUUGUGGUUAAAUAUUAAGUUUUAAAUGUGCCAUGCUUUACUUAAAUUAUCUUUCCAUCAACUUAGAGAACUGUUACAUUGUUCAAGCAUGUUUAAGCCCGUUUAAUACAAAUAAUAUAUUAUUUACUGCUGGUUAUUUUCCAAAGCAUACCAGAAGAGUUUUUUUUAAUCGUCAUUUAUUUUAGUGCAAUAUGAAAACCAGAUUUUUAGAGGUUUGAAAGUGGCUUAAUUUAGGCGUUGUCUCACGUUGCCAGACCCAGAUCGUUGGAGUAUGUGGUCAUCAAAUGUGUGGUCAGAUUCAUUAUCUUGUUUAUUUCUUCUUUGGUUGGAUAGUUCCUGAUUUUAAAUCAGAAGUUUGCAAUCUUUAUACAAAACAAAGGAAGGAAUGGGCUCUACUCAACUUUAUAUUUAGUCUCCUGACUUCCUUUAGGGGGCUACAUGUACCACCCAGGAGCAAAAGUCCAAAGCGAUCACACAUUUGCAGCUUUUUAUCAAAUGACUGGCAACACUUCACGCACACGUUUGACUUCCUAACAUGAGGCGAACCUCACAGUGGAGGUCAGACGAGUUGUGGCGAUGGAGGGGUGAAGAUAAUGUCAAUAUAAUCACUGGUACACACACUGAGGAAGGCAGAACCAGAAACAUUCGUGUGUCGUGGACUGUUGCCAUUUAAUUUCAU